AUGUCGAGUUCUACGGAUAUGUGUUCGCUGUUGAAUGAGAUUAAAGACCUUGUUGUCUCAGAGGCCAAGGCUACUAGAGAAGCAUCAACUAGUAACAAUGUUGGAAGCGAUAGCACAGCAAGCAAGCCUCAGAAAUCGGCCAUGUUGGAAAGUAUUGAACGUCUUGGUGCCUUGAUCGAUGAAAAGCGCGAAACUGUCGACGUAUAUGCAGAAGAUGACGAACUUGCAGAGUCAGCGAUAGACGACUUGCGCAACAUGUUGACUGCUGUUCGAGGCGGAGAAGACCUCAAGCUGGAGAAAGAGUUGGAUAAAGGAUUACGUCGAUUUGGUCGAUCGUUUGGACAGAGCAAAUUAUCUAUCAACGCCCAGACCACCGGGUCGUCGGAAGAGUCUUGA